GAGAGUCUUUUAUUUUGACAACUUGCCUGUUGUACAACUUCCGGGUAUUAAAACGGAAGUAAACAGAAAUCGUCUAUGAAUGAACUAUCAACGGUGAAAUAAGUUGUUGUCAUUAAGAUAAUAAACUCGUCUAAGGGUUUUUUUGUGCGUGCAUUUAGGCUUCUGCUUAACUUAGGUCCAACCACACACUUCAUUUCUGUCUGAACUGGCUAACUCAGCCAGAUAUGAACGGCCAGUCUGAUAGUGAUGUGGACUACAAGAGGAAAUACAAAAACCUGAAGCGAAAAUUGAAAUUCUUGGUUUAUGAACAAGAAUGCUUUCAGGAAGAAUUGAGAAAAGCACAGAGGAAGCUACUAAAAGUAUCCCGUGAUAAAAGUUUUCUUCUGGACAGACUAUUGCAGUAUGAACGAGUGGAUGAUGACUCUUCAGACUCUGACGCUACGGCAUCCUCAGAGAACAGCGAGGGAGAGGGUCUUCGGGAGAGGGAGCGGGAAAGGGAGGGGGUGAAGAAGAGGAGGAGUAGUCCUGUUGUUGCCGGCGGUGUUGCGUCCUCCACGUCCUCCCACCUCUCCCUGCUCUCUCGUUCAGGCUCCAGCAGCCUCCCGUCCUCCACCUCCAGCCAGUACCUCAGCAGCCUCCCCUUCCCACCGGAGUAUCUGUCUCCCUCUGCUGAGCGCAUCAAGAAAGAGAGAAAAACAAAGACGCCCAAACACAAGAAAGACCCAUCAGGGAAGGUGGUUCCGUCACUGGGCUCUAAUUACCCAUCAGGCACGGCGGCGGCCCCGUCGACCGGCGCCCCGUUCAGUUGGGUCCCGCGGCAGAUGCUGAGUGGAGACACGGCGGAGGAGGAGGGGGACUCGGACGCGGAGAGCGACCGCGGGGAGGAGGAGAGAGGGGAGGGAGACGAGGCGGAGCUGGUCAUUGACAUACCCAACGAGUGAUGUGGGGACAAAGGAGUGGCUAAGAGGAUAUUUGUCAUUUUUUUGUGUGCAUUGUUUGUAUCGUUCAUUUUUUUUGUUGCUCAUUUUUUUAUAUUAGGAAAUAAAUAAUUGUUUUGCUAUUAUA